AUGCGUUUUUCUAACCUUCUUCCUGCCCUAGGGGGCCUCGUGGCUUUCGCACAGGCCUCCCCGCACCUUUUGGGCGGUCUCGGUGUUCCUCAAAUCAGCAAGCCUAGCCGCAUUGCUCCGUCGGUUUGCAGCUUGGCCAACAGCUGGGAGGACCAUAUUCUAUUCAAGGGUAUCGCUGCUCCCGAGACCGAGACCUCUCCUGCCCUCAACCUUGGCCUUCAUCUCCCCAAGGCCCAAAUCUCUGGAGAUGUUGAACUGGAGCUCGUCAAGGGUUUUCUUGAGGAACCGCGAGUCCGUGUUGGCCUUGGUGGUGUGAAGGCUUACAUCGAGAUCGACAUCUCUGCCUCGGCUGCUGUCCAUGAGGCUAUCGAGUUGUUCGCUUCCCCUGCCCUUGAGCUUGAGAUUCCUGGGCUCCUGGAGGUUGAGGCUGGUGCGGCUAUCGCCCUUGACCUUGUUAUCGGAGUUGACGCAGCGAUCGAUCUUUCAACUGGCGUCUACAUCUCAUUCGCUGAGGAUGCCUUUGUCGAGAUCUCUCUUCUUACCAAGGACAUCGUUGAACUCUCUCUCGACGGACUUGUUGCCAAGGCUCUUCCUCUUGGUAUUGGAGCUGACGUUGAUUUGUCUGCCGAGGUUGCGCUCCAGCUUGGUCUUCGUCUACGCACUGAGAUCGACCUUGAGGCAGAGCUCGAGAUUCCCGCUCUGGAGAUUGAGGCUGGUGCCAAGAUUGCUAUUUGGGUCAGCCUCUUCGACUACACUGCAGUCUUGAUUGGCACUGAUAGCUGUGCUGUCUCUGUUGCCGAGGCCAUCGCUCUCACCCUUGGCCUUGAGGUCGAGCUGAAUGUUGAGAUUGGCGAUAUCCUUGACCUUAGCUUGGCCCCUAGCUUGACCAUCACUCUUGCCACUGCUGCUAAGGCUGAGAACUGCCUGCCAGACCGUGGCCAGCCUGGCAUCUUCCUUGAGAGUCAUCAAGACACCGAUUCGAGCACUGCAACGGCCACGUCUUCUGAGAGCCCUUCUGGCAGCUCUUCAGGUGGCUCUUCUGAUGGCUUUUCUAACGGAUCUUCCAACGGAUCUUCCAACGGCUCCUCUGACGGCUCCUCCGGUAGCUCUUCUGUUACCGAAACAUCGGACACCUUUGCCCACUUUACCAGCACUCCCACCGCGGGCCAUGGCAACGUCACUGCUCCUCGCCCUACCGGGGACGUUACAAGCACAGUCCAUUCGACCCAUGUCUACACCAUCACCAGCUGCGCUGCCUCGGUCGUGAACUGCCCGGCACGAUAUACUCAGAAGGUUGUCACCUCGACUAUUGUUUCAACCACCUACGUCUGCCCUGCCACCCAGAGUGGUGCUGUUCCCGCUACCACCUCGGUCUCCCCGUCAAAGUCGACUCCCGUGCCUGUGUCUACCAUCACCGAAACCCUGACGACGAUUGUUCCUUGCAAGGAGCGCACCACCAGCACUUUCCAUCCUCCUACCAACUCACCACCUGCUCCUACGAUCACAAUCGUUGACCGUACCACCGUCUGCCCCGAAACCUCCAAGAUACAUCCAAGCACUGUGAUCUCGCAGCCCACUUCUGGCUUCCAGGUUGUCACUACGGCUGUUCCUACGAGCAAGACUCCCGGGGUGCCCAGCUCAGCUGUUCCUAGCUCCGGAAAGGUGGUGCCUGAAGUCCCAUCUUACUACGAACCCGUCCCUGUUCCUGAAAAGACAGCCCCUUUCCCGUCCUAUAACGGAACUGUCACGACGAGCAAGCCAUCUUCAGGAGUUGUAGUCCCCACUGGUUCUUGGACCACACCUGUUGCUGUCCCAACUCCGUUGAGCACACACAUCGUUGUGUCAACUCCUACCAGCGUGCCAAUCCCCCCUCAACCUACCACUCCGGUUGUAAGCAGCGGAAAUAUGGUGCAUGUUGGUUUGGCAUUUGCCCUUCCCGUUAUCGCUGCUCUCAUUCUGUAA